GGGGGGAGGGAGGGCAGGUUCUCUAAAUUAUUGGUGGCCAGUAUUCUGAGUUUGAUGUGGUGUGGUCUCCUUUCCAGAUUUCUCCAGGAUGUCCAAAGCUAUUUAUAGUUUUUGCUGACAGUGUAAAUUUUUUCGUAGUAAAGCUGUUUAUUCGGUAGUACUUCAUUCUGAGGAAAUUUUUUUUUUGUGGUUAGCCAACUGAAAAAGAUAUCCUAAUGUUUCUUCUCACGUGGGCUGCCUAUCACCUGAGGUUUUCACGGGCCUCCAGUUUCCUGUUCUUGGGCUCGAUUGUUGACUGUGUGUGCUGGCAUCCGUCUUGUCAGCGUCUUGCACAUUUAAGGAAGAGGAACUGGCAGUGUGAUGACACAUCUAAACGUUCACCAUACAUGUCUAACACCACAGGGAGAUCUCUGCCCCCUGGGGCUGAGAGGCCCCCACCUUUCCCCAAGCUGAAGCUGCAGGGUAUUGAGGUACCAGCCAGAUGUCUUCCCACAAAGGACCUGUGGUGGCACAGGGCAAUGGGACACCUGCCAGUAACAGUGAAGCUGACACGGUGGAACUGGCUGAACUGGGACCCCUGCUAGAAGAGAAGGGCAAACGGGCAAUCACCAAUCCAACCAAAACUGAAGAAGAGCAAACAUGCCCAGUGCCCCAGGAAGAAGAGGAGGAGGUGCGGGUACUGACGCUUCCCCUGCAAGCCCACCACGCCAUGGAGAAGAUGGAGGAGUUUGUGUAUAAGGUCUGGGAGGGACGUUGGAGAGUCAUCCCGUAUGAUGUGCUCCCUGACUGGCUGAAGGACAAUGACUACCUGCUGCAUGGCCAUAGACCACCCAUGCCCUCCUUUCGGGCUUGCUUCAAGAGCAUCUUCCGCAUCCAUACAGAAACUGGCAACAUCUGGACCCAUCUGCUUGGUUUUGUGCUGUUUCUCUUUUUAGGAAUCUUGACCAUGCUCAGACCAAAUAUGUACUUCAUGGCUCCUCUACAGGAGAAGGUGGUUUUUGGGAUGUUCUUUCUGGGUGCAGUGCUCUGCCUCAGCUUCUCCUGGCUCUUCCACACCGUCUAUUGUCAUUCAGAGAAAGUCUCUCGGACUUUUUCCAAACUGGACUAUUCAGGGAUCGCUCUACUGAUUAUGGGGAGCUUUGUCCCCUGGCUCUAUUACUCCUUCUACUGCUCCCCACAACCACGGCUCAUCUACCUCUCCAUCGUCUGUGUCCUGGGCAUUUCUGCCAUCAUCGUGGCACAGUGGGACCGGUUUGCCACUCCUAAGCACCGGCAGACAAGAGCAGGAGUGUUCCUGGGACUUGGCUUGAGUGGUGUUGUGCCCACCAUGCACUUUACUAUCGCUGAGGGCUUUGUCAAGGCCACCACAGUGGGCCAGAUGGGCUGGUUCUUCCUUAUGGCUGUGAUGUACAUCACCGGAGCUGGCCUGUAUGCUGCUCGAAUUCCUGAGCGCUUCUUUCCUGGGAAGUUUGACAUAUGGUUCCAGUCUCAUCAGAUUUUUCAUGUCCUGGUGGUGGCAGCAGCCUUUGUACACUUCUAUGGGGUCUCCAACCUUCAGGAAUUCCGUUAUGGCCUAGAAGGUGGCUGUACUGAUGACUCCCUUCUCUGAACCUUCCCACCAGAGGGGUGGAGGAGGAACUUCCCAAGUGCUUUUAAAAAUAACUUCUUUGCUGAAGUGAGAGGAAGAGUCUGAGUUGUCUGUUUCUAGAAGAAACCUCUUAAGAGAAUUCAGUACCAACCAAGCUUCAGCUCUCCUUCACACCCACUGGACAAUGAACUUUCCAUUUCCAUUUCCCUAGCUGGGAAGGGAGGGGAUGGUCUACCUUAGCCAUCCCCCUCCUCAGCAAGGCACCUUGUCCCCUCACAGAGACAGUACUCUGAAGCUCAUGUUGGGAUUUUACCCCCUCUUCCAACCGUUUUGGGAAAAAAUGAUGGACUGGGACUCUUCAGAAAUUCUGUUUCUGGAAGAAAAUGUCCUUCCCUUACCCCCAUCCUUUCUUUGUAACCUGGCUUACAGUGGGCCACCCAUUUUUGUAGCACACUUUUCAAAAACAAUUAUAACCUGGUCCCAUCUUUCUAGGGCCUGGAUCUGCUUACACAGCAGGAAGAACAAAGCCACCAACUUUUACAUAGCCCGGCUAAUCAUGGAAGUGGUUCAGGCUUCAAAUAACUUGAGUUUUAAUUUUUUUUUUUUUUCUUGGCAGAGUAAUGUAAAAUUAAAAUGGGAAAAGAUAUUUAAUAUUUAAUACUAAGCUUUAAAAAGAAACCUGCUAUCGUUGCUAUGUAUCUUGAUGCGAAGACUAUGAUGAUAAUAAAAGUACAGAGACACUUGACAUUCA